AUGCGUUUAACACUCAUAUUAUGUAAAGCUGUUCCACAAGUUCGAUUUAGUAACUAUAUCAAACUUGAUCGAAUACCUGGCAAUGUUUUCGAGGGGAAACAUAAAGUUCGAAGACGAUUAUCGCCGCUGCACAAACUCUAUUUGCAACGUCGAAUUGGUAUUGAAUUAGAAAAUAUGUCACAUUUAAGUCGAGCGUAUUUGACCGAAGCCGAAGACAAUUUCUAUUUGAAUGAUCCUGAAAAAAAAGCGGCAGAAGCGGCUGCUGUUGAGCUGAAAAAACGUCAAGAAGAAAUUCCCAAAAACCGUUAUUUUAUUAAAGAACUGCUACAACCACUGACCUUGCACAAGAAAUGGGAAUAA